ACGGCGCUUGAGUUUGACGGGCUUGCGACAGCAAUAUUCAAAUGCGUCAGUCGGAGAAGUUCGGAAGGAGCCGCAGUCGAUCUAGUCGGAUGGCAUUAGGUACUCCCUAAUCAGGGAAUCAUGAACACCAUUGGUGCUCGACAUAGCUUCAUCUACUUACUUCCCCAGCUGCUCUCAAUCAUUCUUUCCCAUAUUAACUUGGAUUAUACUGAGUUUGGGACCAGCCUGCAUCCAUCUCCAAGUUCCAUGUUCAUUAGCAAAAUCAUCUCAUACUACACAGUAUCUAUUUCCACUAUGGACUCUUCAACCUCAAGUUCUACUCCGGCAACAACGAUGAACUCAACGUAUGUGUUCACUGCCAAUGUGACUCUCGGCAAGCGCUACGGCCCCAUUCCCCUUGUCGGAGGUGGUGUCCGUGUAGUCGAGCCGUUCACAGGUGGGACAAUCGAUGGCCCCAACUUCCAUGCCACAAUUGAAGGGGGCCACGCCUCUCCGAUUGUACUGAAUGAUACCACCACGGAGAAUGGAGGUUCAGUUCAAUAUCCAUUCAUAUACGUCUAUGGGUACACGAGUGAUGGACUUCCAUUCUACAUCCAGGAGGAAGGUAUUGGAAACCGCGCAAGCCAAAAUACAAGGCUGAUCAUCAACGUAGGAGGUUCGCAUUCAUACUUGCAGACCUCUUACGUUAUCGCUCAGAUGAGGUUUAUUGAGAAUGAGGGUGGGCCAACAACGGUCGCGGUGGAUUGUUACAGUAUUCCUAUGAUCGCAUAAUUCUAGUUCAGCGUGGCAGAUUUGGUCAGAGAUUUAUAUAAUUAAGUACCUGGGUACCAUGUUUCCAGACUGACUUAUUAAUCAAUUAAGUACGAAAUGGAUUUUGACCCC